AUGGAGACGUCAUCAUGGUCCCGUGUGGCUCAGUUGUACACUGUUCAGCGAUUGGCUGCCUUGGCAUUGAAGUAUGAUGUCAUGGUCCACUCCAUGACCCGUGUCACAGAGACCGGCAACAUCAGCAAGUAUCUCCCUGAGUUGGAUAAAGUGAGCUGUGACCUGCUUAGAGAGAAUGCUCCUAUUGAGCCUGUGCCACCUAUCACCUGGAAACCUGACUGUUAUCAUGAAGAUGGAGCUCGGAUCGAGGUAGCCUUCCGUCUCUACAUCCACCGUGCAGACAACAAGCAGACAGAGGACAGAUGUAAGAUCAUUGUCUGCCACACAAAUGUUAUUCGCUACUUUGUGUGCACGGCUCUGCAGUUUCCCACAGAAGGUUGGCUGCGUCUGGGCCUGAAUAACGGCAGCAUCACCUGGAUCACCAUCAGACCGAGUGGCAGGGUGGGACUGAGGAUGGGCGACUCGGGCUUUAUGCCUCCUGAAAAACUCACCCGCACCAGACACUCCACCACUAUUGGCUGA